CCAUUUUUAUUUUUUUAUUAUUUAAAUAAAUCAAUGGUAUUUUUUGAAACAUAUGAACGAAAACAAAUUAGAAUGAUUUCUUCAUCAUGUUAUGGUUUCAAUUUCCUUUUGCUUUUAUCUAUAUUUUUAGGAUUUAGCACAUUAGUUUUUGGUGGAAAUUUCAACACCGAUUUUGAUAAUCUUUUUGGAGAUGAAAGGGUUAAUAUAAAAGAUAAUGGCAAUAGCAUGACCCUUACUUUGGAUGAAUAUUGUGGCUCAGGCAUUGUGUCCAAAAAUGAGUAUUUAUAUGGAAGAUUUGAUAUGGAUAUCAAGCUUGUUCCAGGAAAUUCCGCAGGAACUGUCACAGCCUAUUAUCUAAGCUCUGUAGGAGCACAACAUGAUGAGAUUGACAUAGAAUUCUUAGGAAAUUUAACCGGUGAACCCUAUCUUCUCUCAACAAAUGUAUAUGCUGAAGGUGUUGGGGGUCGCGAAAUGCAAUUCUAUCUUUGGUUUGAUCCAACGGAAGACUACCACACAUAUUCCAUUGAUUGGAACCCUGAUAGAAUUAUACUUCUUGUGGAUGGAAAUCCUAUAAGAGUGAUGCUCAAUAGACAAAGCAUUGGUGUUCCAUUCCCAACAAAAAGACCAAUGAGAAUUUACUCAACUCUUUGGAAUGGAGACUCUUGGGCAACAAGAUGGGGUGAGGUGAAGAUUGAUCUCUCAAAUGCUCCAUUUAUAGCUGGUUUCAAAAACUUUAAUGCCGAUGCAUGCAUUGCAACGGAAGAUAGAAAAUGUCGGGGUUUUAAUGCUGGAAAAAAUAGAGGUCUUGAUAUGGAAAGCAAGGGGAAAAUGAAAAAUGUUCUUUCAAAGUGGGUAGUUUAUGAUUAUUGUAGAGAUUUGAGACGCUAUGCUCAUGGUCUUCCAUAUGAAUGUCGUAAGGAGAAUAUAUUACAACUUGAUUAGAUGGUAUUGGAAAUGGAUGAUAUCAUGAAGGAAAAAGUGGAUUGACUAUGACUUGCGUAAGAUGUAGUCAUAUAUUUUAAUAUGUUUGAAUUUCCACGGAAAGGUUAUCAUUGUCAUUUCAAAGUGAAUGAACUUUU